UUCACACAGUCACAAUUUCAUUUCUCUUUGUUUAACAAUUUAGUAAUCAAUUUUUUUAGAAAAGACAAACCUAUGACACCUGAACCAGAAUAUACGAGAUCUUCAAGCAGUGAAAAUAGACGAUCAGCUGGUGCCGGUUUUUUGAAUGACUCUUUGACGAAGAAAGGCAAUCUUUAUGAGAUUUUGGGAUUAACUAAAAAUGCAACUGAUGAUGAUAUUAAGCGUGCUUAUCGUCGUCUUGCAUUAAAGUACCAUCCUGAUAAAAAUCAAAAUAAUGAAGACUUCAAUAAAAAGUUUCAAGAAAUUAAUUAUGCAAAUACAAUUCUUUCUAAUCCAUCAAAAAGGAGAAUUUACGAUGAAUAUGGAGAUAUGGGUCUUAAGAUGGCCGAUCAACUUGGAGAGGAGCACAUUAAUAUCAUGCUUAAACCUUGGUUAAAAUGGUUAUUCUGCUCAAUUUGUUUCUUAACUUGCGGGUGCUUUUUCUGUUGCUGCUGUUGCUGUUUUUGUUUCAAUGGUUGUUGCAAUUGUUGCUGUGGAAAAUACAAACCUAAAAGAAUGGACGGUUCCAAUCCAUUCGAUUUGUCAAGUAAUUCUGAAGAUCCAAUAUCUACACAACCUCAACAAACUUCCAAUCAAACUGCCUUUGAUACUGAAGAAAAUAAAUUCCAAAAAUUUACAAUUUAUGAAGACAUCGAGGGAAUAAAAAUAACAACGAGUUACGAGCCUCCACCUCCUUAUUCAGAAGCAAAUCCUGGCAGUGACGCACCUACAUGUUCUCAAACAACACCGGGCACGCCAACAAAGUAUGGAGCAACAACACAGUGA